ACAUGAAGCACUCAUGAUGGAGAAAAUAACAUUUUGAAGAACUUUUCUGUCACCAGUGGCACAGUAAUACCCCAUGGUGAAGUGCAUCUUGUGUGUGUAUCUCUGUUGAGCAUUUUUGUUGUUGUUGUUGUUACUCAGCUUAGGAAUGAAGCCACCAUUAUGUCCUCAGUCAGCGAAGUAAAUGUUGAUAUCAAAGAUUUCCUAAUGAGCAUUAAUUUGGAGCAGUAUCUCUUACAUUUCCAUGAGUCUGGGUUUUAUACGGUGAAGGACUGUGCAUCAAUAAAUGAUAGCGUGCUGCACAAAAUUGGAAUAUCACCUACAGGACAUCGCAGGAGGAUACUGAAGCAGUUACAGAUAAUCUUGUCAAAAAUGCAAGAGAUCCCCAUAUAUGCAAAUGUUCAUAAAACAAAGAAUGUGGACAAUUCAAAAGAGCACCACCCUGCUACCUCUCCAGAUCAGAACAUGUGCAUAGAACCUUUGGAUUCUGGGAACAGUCAACCAUCUGACUUGACACAGCUGGAGACCGGUUCAAAGAAUCCCACUCAAAAUGACAUUAGGGUGGAGAGUCCUCAGAAUCCUAUGUCAGAUGAUAAGCUAUCUCUUUCUCAACAUGACUUGCCUAUCACAGGAGAUGAAGUACACCAGAAUUUGAGUUCUCAUGAUACUUCAUCAGGUAGUGAAAAUAAUGAAAUAGGCUCUUGGGUAUCAAAGAAGUCUAUGGAUUGUACAACUGAAGAACAACAAGCAGGAAAGGUUGAUUUGGUAUCAGAAAAUUUGAGCGAACUUCCUAAUCCAGUUCCUGAAUGUCUUUCUUCCCUUGACUACUUGACAUCCAAAGCAAAUUCUGAAAAUGGAACCAAUAGUUUAUCAGAAAGCUCACCGUCAGGCCCUUUUUUUGAAUUUCAAGGAGAAAUGGUUAUCAAUGAUUUGUACGUUCCGUCCUCUCCGAUCCUGUCACCUAUGAGAAGUCGAAGCAAAUUGGUUUCCAGACCUUCUCGAUCUUUUCUGCUAAGACAUCGGCCUGUACCAGAGAUUCCAGGGUCAAAAGGAAUUUCGGGAAGCUAUUUCCGUGAGAGAAGAAAUGUUACUACCUCACCUGGAAAACCUGUGACACUGAAGAAUUCAAAUGAGGAGAAUUCAUCUUCCAUCUUUCCUUAUGGAGAGACCUUUCUCUUCCAAAAUCUAGAAAAUGCCAAGAAGAGAUCUAUAAGGAAUGAAUUUUGGACCAAAGAAGAAAAAGAGGAAGCAGCCACUUCAAGCAACUCUUUUUUAAUCAGAUCAAGCAUCUAUGAUAACAGGAAGGAGAAAAUUGGCGAAGACAAAGUAGAAGAUAUUUGGAUACCUCGAGAGGAUAAAAACAAUUUUCUAGGUGACUCUACUUCUGAAUCAGAAUACUCAACAGUAGAAGAAUGCUUCCAGAGUUUAAAAAGGAAAAAUUCAAAGGCGUCUAAGUCAAAGAUCCAAAAAACAUUAAAUUCAGACUCUGUAAACAGGCACAGUUAUCCUUUAAGCUCAACAAGUGGAAAUGCCGAGCCAUCAGCCGUUUCCUCAAAUGCCAUCUCUCCCUACGCCUGUUUUUAUGGAUCUUCUCCAACAAAGGUUAAAGCUGGAUGGCUAGACAAGCUUUCUCCUCAAGGAAAACGCAUGUUUCAGAAGAGAUGGGUGAAAUUUGAUGGCCUUACCAUUUCUUACUUCAAUAAUGAAAGGGAGAUGUAUUCAAAGGGAAUAAUUCCCAUCUCUGCUGUAUCUGCAGUACGAGCUCAAGGAGACAAUAAAUUUGAAGUUGUUACAACACAAAGAACUUUUGUUUUCAGAGCAGAAAAAGAAGAGGAGAGAAAUGACUGGAUCAGCAUACUGCUCAAUGCACUGAAAUCACAGUCUCUUACUUCUCAGUCUCAAGCUGCUGUUGCACCUGAGAAAUGUGGCUAUCUUGAACUAAGGGGUUAUAAAGCUAAAAUUUUUACUGCAUUGAGGGGAAGUAAUGUGUGGCUCUGCAAAAAUGAACAGGAUUUUAAGUGUGGACUUGGUAUUACUGUAAUUCCCAUGAAUGUUGCCAACGUAAAGCAAGUAGACAGAACUGUGAAACAAUCUUUUGAAAUAAUCACUCCCUACAGGAGUUUCAGCUUUACAGCCGAGUCUGAAAAAGAGAAACAAGAGUGGAUUGAAGCUGUGCAGCAAUCGAUUGCAGAAACUCUCUCUGAUUAUGAAGUAGCUGAAAAGAUUUGGUUCAAUGAGUCCAACAGGAGCUGUGCAGAUUGUAAAGCCCCAGAUCCUGACUGGGCCUCUAUCAAUCUCUGUGUUGUCAUCUGUAAGAAGUGCGCAGGACAACAUAGAUCUUUGGGACCAAAAGAUUCCAAGGUUAGAAGUUUAAAAAUGGAUGCCAGCAUUUGGAGCAACGAACUCAUCGAGCUCUUUAUUGUCAUUGGAAACAAAAGAGCAAAUGAUUUUUGGGCUGGUAAUCUUCAAAAGGAGGAAGAAUUACACAUGGACUCACCAGUAGAAAAGAGGAAAGCCUUUAUUACUCAGAAGUACAAAGAAGGGAAAUUUAGGAAGACCCUAUUGGCAUCACUAACCAAAGAAGAAUUAAAUAAGGCUUUGUGUGCUGCUGUGGUGAAGCCUGAUGUGCUGGAGACGAUGGCAUUGCUGUUCAGUGGAGCAGAUGUCAUGUGUACCACUGGAGACUCUGUGCACAGCACCCCCUACCUGCUGGCCAAGAAGGCCGGCCAGAGCCUACAAAUGGAGUUUCUCUACCAUAACAAAUUCUCAGAUUUCCCUCAACAUGACGUUCACCCUGAGGGUGGGUUAGGUCUGGAGACCACACAGCCCACGUUCCUUUGCGACUUCUUGUAUCAGGCCCCUGCUGCUGCUUCCAGAGUCUCCUCAGAGAAAAAGAUGCUCGAAGAGACAAAUAAGAAAUGGUGUGUUUUAGAAGGUGGCUUCUUGAGUUACUAUGAAAAUGAUAAGUCUACUACACCUAAUGGCACCAUUAACAUCAAUGAAGUUAUCUGCCUGUCUAUACAUAAAGAAGACUUCUAUUUAAAUACUGGGCCAGUUUUCAUCUUUGAGAUCUACUUACCCUCAGAACGUGUGUUUUUAUUUGGAGCUGAAACAACUCAAGCUCAAAGAAAAUGGACAGAGGCAAUAGCCAAGCAUUUUGUUCCCUUUGUUGCUGAAAACUUAACAGAAGCCGACUAUGAUUUGAUUGGUCAACUCUUCUACAAAGAUUGCCAUGCUCUGGACCAGUGGAGAAAAGGCUGGUUCGCUAUGGACAAAUCUAGUUUGCGUUUUUGUCUUCCAAUGCAAGAAGCUCAGGAGGAUAGGAUGCACUUAAGAAGACUGCAAGAGCUAACCAUCAGCACAAUGGUUCAAAAUGGAGAAAAAUUGGAUAUGUUGCUGUUGGUAGAAAAAGGGAGAACAUUAUACAUCCAUGGGCAUAGCAAGUUGGAUUUCACAGUCUGGCGUACUGCAAUUGAAAAAGCAGCAGGUACAGAUGGUAAUGCACUACAGGAUCAGCAGCUCAGCAAAAACGACGUCCCCAUUAUUGUGAACAGCUGUAUAGCAUUCGUUACACAGUAUGGUUUAGGAUGCAAAUAUAUCUACCAAAAGAAUGGUGAUCCUUUGCACAUAAGCGAACUACUUGAUAGUUUCAAGAAGGAUGCUAGAAGCUUUAAACUGAGAGCCGGAAAACAUCAGCUUGAAGAUGUGACUGGUGUGUUGAAAAGAUUUCUCUGUGACAUUGAUGAUGCACUUCUUACCAAGGAGCUCUAUCCAUACUGGAUCUCUGCCUUAGAUACACAGGAUGAUAAGGAAAGAACUAAAAAAUAUGGAGCAUUUAUACGUACUCUUCCAGGGGUCAACAGAGCAACACUUGCAGCUAUAAUUGAACAUCUCUACAGGGUUCAGAAAUGCUCAGAAAUCAAUCACAUGAAUGCCCAUAAUUUGGCCUUGGUUUUUUCAUCCUGUUUGUUUCAAACUGAGGGACAAACUAGUGAUGAAGUGAAUGUAAUUGAGGACCUAAUUAAUAAUUAUGUUGAAAUAUUUGAGGUUAAAGAAGACCAAGUGAAACAAAUGGACAUAGAAAAUAGCUUUAUUACCAAGUGGAAAGACACUCAAGUUUCCCAGGCUGGAGAUUUGCUCAUAGAAGUGUAUGUAGAAAGAAAGGGACCUGAUUGUAGUACUAUAAUUCGGAUAUCUCCUGUGAUGGAAGCAGAAGAAUUAACUAAUGAUAUAUUAGCAAUAAAAAAUAUCAUUCCAACAAAAGGUGAUGUUUGGGCCACAUUUGAAGUCAUUGAAAAUGAAGAACUAGAGCGCCCUCUUCACUACACUGAAAAUGUUUUGGAGCAGGUGCUUCAGUGGAGUUCAUUAGCUGAACCUGGCUCUGCGUAUCUUGUGGUGAAGAGAUUCUUAACGACUGACACAAUUAAACACUGCAGAGAUACAAGCAUCAAAGAAGGAGUCUUGAAAAUAAAAGAAGAGCCCUCUAAAAUUCUAUCUGGAAAUAAGUUUCAAGAUCGCUAUUUUGUUCUACGAGAUGGACAUCUCUUUCUAUACAAGGAUCCGAAGAGCAGUAAACCUGACAAAAUGUUUUCUCUCAGUUCGAUGAAGUUUUAUCUUGGUGUGAAAAAGAAAAUGAAGCCACCUACAAGUUGGGGAUUGACUGCAUAUUCUGAAAAGCAUCACUGGCAUCUGUGUUGCGAUAGUUCACAAACUCAGAUGGAAUGGAUGGCCAGUAUCUUUCUUGCUCAGCAUGAAAAUGAUAUAUGCCCACCAGCUGGAAAAGAACGAAAACGUUCAAUAACCAAAAAUCCCAAAAUUGGGGGUUUACCUCUCAUUCCCAUCCAACCUGUGAAAAAUGCAACCCAAGCCCGGAGGAGUAUCGAGAGUGCAAGAGCAGAACUUGAAAGGCUGCGGCUCAGUGAAAUGCACGAUCGAGAGUCCAUGGACCCCAGCCUGAAGGACAGAGCUUCCAUGGUGGCCCAAUGCCUAGAACACAAGGAUGAUAAACUUCGAAAUCGCACCAGAAAACAUCGGAGUUUCAACUGCCUGGAGGACACAGAGGCUGAACUCCCACAUGGAGUACAAAAAAGCAACAGAGGAAUGAAGACUUUGAGGAAGACUGAAGACAGGAAUAACAAAGCUACUUUGGACCCUGAUCAUAAGUUACCGUCAAAGGUAAUUGAAGAACUUAGUGUGGUUCUACAACGGUCAAGAACCCUCCCAAAAGAGUUGCAGGGUGAACAGAUUUUGCAGAAAGAAAUAAAAUGAAUGACAUCACAAAUUAUUUUUUUAAUAUUGUAUUACAGCAUUUGUGUGUAAGCCAGAUACCAACCUGUAAGAAAAAUUACAGAGUCUAUCUGUAGGCAGAUUUUAUCUGUGCUUUAAGAAAUUUGCCUAUCUGUACUUACGCAUUUAAAGAACAUGUUAAAAUAUGUAUAUAAGUGAUGAAUUAUAAGAUUAACUUUAUUUUGGUCUGAAGAAUGCUUGUAAAGUUCAAGUGUAUUAACUUUGUGUAAGAAGGCUUUGGGUCACUUUAAGUGGCUAACCCUUUUAAAGUACUUAUCUAUUACGUGGAAUAAGUUAUGAAUAGUAAUCUCGAACUGUACUGUACUGUAUAAAAUGCUGUGUUUAAAGGAAGCCUACGAAACUCUCUGUAACAUAUUUUUCACUUUGAGAAGCCGUGUAUAUGAAUUUACCACGUGUUAGGUUUACAUUGGGCCCACCUUAGGGAAAUGAGUUGAAAAGAGAGGAGUUUUUUUUUCCUAGUGACUGUCUAGCAAACAAUUGGGGUUUAAACAACAAGAACAAAAAAUAAAGGGGCAAGAGGUUAACAAAUGCCCUGCCUUCGCAGGAGGUGAAUUAAGAUUCCUUCUAGUUCACUAAGGGCUGGAGCUUAUUAAGGAAAAACUGUUUGCUAACAAAACAGCCUUGUGACAGUGUUUGCCCUGGGGAAUGCUUAGCCAAUCCAUAGGAAUAAUGGCACUGCUGUAUUUCCUGUGGUUUCUGGGUGGCAUUCCCGGUGCACUGUCCAUAGGAGGCUGCCAAGAGGAGCAGAGGCUACGUGGAGAGGUUGUGGAUCUGGUCUGGCGCACAUGUCACUUGCACUGUUGCUAUACGCAAUUUUUUUAAGUCCUUAACCAUAUUUUUGGUACGAACAAAAUUCAUCCUCAUAGGGUGCUUUUCUGUUAUUUUUCUGCUUGAUUGUUCUGUCUGAUACUUUUUUUAUGUGUGGUUGUAAUGUCUUUUUCUACAUUGUCAGAAUUAUCUGGAAGAGCACAGCCUAGGGCCAUUUUCCAUCUAGUCUUUUUUUUAAAUAAAUUGGUAUUUGGGGUUGUGUUUUUAGCCCUCUACCUAUGAAAAUAACAAAACCUUUUAUUUUUAUUGUCAUGCAAAAAUCAACUACACAAUUGGAGAUUUUCCUAUGGCUGACCUUAAUCAUAUAGCGUAUGUGGUUGGUGGUGCUUUUCACCUUUCACAAUUGUAUUUGGUUUAGUGGGUUUGCAUAUUAAAAAUUAUAUAACUUGGCCCGAUAUGGUGAUGUCUUCCUGUAAUCCCAGCUACUUGAAAGGUUUUUAGGCUGAGAAAGAAAUUUAGCAAGAAUCUCAUCACCCAAAGCAAGUUGUCUGUGAUUAUACUUCUAUUGUGAGGAAGUAGUGGUAAUAGUAUUACAGAGUCUGAAGCCAGCUCAGGCCAAAAAUGUGGGACCCAUUUGGACAAAACAAAACCUUCAAAGUGAAAAGGAUUGGGGAGGUGGUGUAGCUCAGGUGGUAGAGCACUUGCCUAGUAUUUUCAAGACUCAGAGUUCAAACCCCAGUACCUCCAAUAUGUGCAUAUAUAUGUUACCAAGCACCAUGCUGAGAAUUCUUUGUGUCUGCUUUUAGAUGUUUCUCUUUCCAGACUUUGUCUCAGGCCCAUACUUCAGUCACUCCAAUCAUAGAACAGUAAUGUGCUGUUGAAAGCCCUGACUGUCUUUGUUGUAAAAUACUGGACCACAUAUCUUAGUUGGGGAUAGAAUAGUUUCUCAGGAGUAGGUGGUAUUUAUUCUUUAAAUCCAAACAAAUUGGAAUUGAAUCUGUAAGUGAAACUGCAGGACAGUUUAUGAACAGGUGGCAGCAGGAAAGUAUAACUUUCCUUUAAAGCAAGAAACCAUGUUAUUUAGGAAGAAAAACUAAUUUUAAAUAAACUAUUCUUUCUAAUAAAUAAUGAUAAUUUAUAUUUUUAUGAAACGGGGACUAUGGAAUUGUAUGCGUUUGAUGAUUUUGGACAAUAAGAGUGUGUGGAGUUUUACCUGGUUUAUCUGAAGUUUUCUUGAAACUUGAGCUUAAAAUCCACUAGCUUCUGUUUUUCUUCCUUUCUUGAACAAUUAUCUCCAUAUUUUCAAAUGUAAGAUAAGGGCUAAUGAUGGCAUCUCACACAUUUUGAGUAAAAAUUAAAAUUGUUUUACGAGUCCAUUUCAGUGUGACUGUUGUCUUUCUUCAUUACAUCCGGAUGUUGAAGCUUAUUACUGUGAAAUAUGUCAAAUAAAACUUCCAGUUUUAUUUGAAUCUUACAUAUACUUAAAAACCUAAAACACUGGUAAGAAUAUUUUUAUGUUGAAAUAGGAUUGUAUGCAGAAAUAAAUGAACAGAAUCACAACUA